GUGUAAGGGCAAAAAUGACACACACCGAGUGUAAUCUUUUAAACAACUCUGUGGGUCGCCAGUAAGUGUUGCUUAAUCCCACUUUGUCACCCCCUGUUGUGUAGUGUUGGGCUAAGAGGAAGGGAAGCAGCAUAGGCUUAUAUAAACCUUGGCAAAUAGUGUGUAGCAGGUUUCACAAAGGACAGCAGACAAGAACAAAUCAGAGAGGCCUGCCUGCCUGAUGCACAGAAGCUUUUCCCCCCUCAGAAUGUCUACAAAAACCUUGGCACUGUGGCUGCUACUUGUGGGGACAGUGACACAGGGCUGCUGCCAGCACUGGUCAUAUGGACUGAGCCCAGGAGGGAAGAGGGAACUGGACAGCCUUUCAGACACUCUGGGCAAUAUAGUUGAUGGCUUUCCACACGUUGACACACCCUGCAGUGUUUUGGGUUGUGCAGAGGAAUCACCUCUUGCCAAAAUUUACAGAAUGAAAGGAUUUCUCGGCAGUGUCACCGACAGGGAAAAUGGACAUAGAACAUAUAAAAAAAUGACGAUUCUUUGAUUCUACAAUAAAAUACUAUGUUAGCAUCA